AUGACAACUAAUAGGCUCAAACUAGUUGAAAAAAUCCGUGAUAUUAUUAGAAACAACAGAAAUUUUUCUCUUUUUACAAAGGCGAUUAAUGCAGAUACGACAUUUGAAUGGACUAAGGACGAAGCUUCUCUUGUCACCUAUUGGAUUCUUCAGAUUUGUGCGUUUCUUUUUGGCGUAGUAUGUGGAAUAUUUGGAUUUAAGGGCGUAACUGUACUUAUUUCCGCAGUGCUAGGGCUGGUAUUUAUUGGAACCACUUACCUUAAUUUGCUCGACAUACCGGAGAGAAUUUUAGACCCAACAGAAAUUAUCAUAGAAAAUGUCGCUACAUGCCUAGUAACAUUUAUUCUAUCAUGGACAACCAUGUAUACACUAAUUUACAAAUAG